GGAAGUGGUCAUCAAAUUAAUGGUUCCACCUCCGGCAGACAUAUUGCUGAACUUACUGGAGCAAAAAUCUUCAACAUAAGCGGAAAGAUCGGGGUUUAAAGUUGUUAGCAUUUCGAAUACACUUAGUCAUACACCUUAAACAUAUGGAGAACACAAUGGAGCCAUCAGCCAGUCCGGCCAAGGAUAACAACUAUCGGAUGAACCGCUACAAGAACAAAGCGCUGAACCCGGAGGAGAUGCGGCGCAGGAGAGAGGAGGAGGGCAUCCAGCUCAGGAAACAAAAAAGAGAACAGCAGCUUUGCAAACGGAGGAAUGUGGACGUCCUCACUGAAGAGGAAUCCAUGUUGGAGAACCCUCUAGUGGACUCGCAACUCAGCCCGCCAGUCACGGAAGGAGUCAUCACCAGAGAUAUGGUUGAGAUGCUGUUCUCAGAGGAACCCGAACAUCAGCUCGCCACCACACAAAAGUUCAGGAAACUUCUCUCGAAAGAGCCUAACCCGCCCAUAGAUGAGGUUAUAAACACAAGCGGUGUUGUGGAGAAGUUUGUGGCUUUCCUCAAGAUGAGCACCAACUGCACAUUACAGUUUGAAGCAGCUUGGGCCCUGACCAACAUCGCAUCAGGCACAUCCAUGCAGACCAAGACUGUGAUUGAAGCUGGCGCUGUUCCCAUCUUUAUAGAGCUUCUUAAUUCCGACUUUGAGGAUGUGCAGGAGCAGGCUGUGUGGGCUCUGGGGAAUAUUGCAGGGGACAGUGCCUUGUGCAGGGACUAUGUGCUGAAUUGCAACAUCCUUCCACCACUGUUAAUGCUCCUGACGAAAUCCACCAGACUGACCAUGAUUAGGAAUGCUGUGUGGGCUUUGUCUAAUCUCUGCAGAGGAAAAAACCCUCCACCUUCUUUUGAAAAGGUGUCUCCCUGUCUCCCAGUACUCUCCAGGCUUCUAUUCAGCAGCGAUCCAGACCUGCUGGCAGACGCCUGCUGGGCUCUGUCCUACCUCUCCGACGGCCCCAACGACAAAAUCCAGGCCGUCAUCGACUCCGGGGUCUGCAGGCGCCUCAUAGAACUGCUCAUGCACACCGACUACAAGGUGGCCUCUCCUGCCUUGAGAGCUGUCGGGAACAUUGUGACAGGAGAUGAUAUCCAGACGCAGGUUGUGUUGAACUGCUCGGCUCUGCCUUGUCUGCUGCACCUGCUGAGCAGUGCCAAAGAGUCCAUUCGCAAGGAAGCGUGCUGGACCAUUUCCAACAUCACUGCUGGAAACCGAGCGCAGAUACAGACAGUUAUCGAUGCUAACAUCUUCCCAGUGCUGAUUGAAAUUCUACAAAAAGCAGAGUUCAGGACCAGGAAAGAGGCCGCCUGGGCUAUCUCUAACGCCACCUCCGGAGGAACGCCAGAACAAAUCAGAUAUUUAGUCAAUCUGGGCUGCAUCAAGCCUCUGUGCGACCUGUUGACGGUGAUGGACUCCAAGAUCGUCCAGGUGGCCCUCAACGGUCUCGACAACAUCCUGCGGCUGGGCGAACAAGAAGCCAAGCAGAAGAACCACGGCACGGGCAUCAACCCGUACUGCUGUCUCAUCGAAGAAGCUUACGGUUUGGAUAAGAUCGCGUUCCUCCAGAGUCACGAGAACCAGGAGAUCUACCAGAAGGCCUUCGACCUGAUCGAGCAUUACUUUGAGGGGGAGGAUGAGGACAGCAGCCUAGCUCCUCAGGUGGACCAGGAGAACCAGCAGUUCCUCUUCCCCCAUCAGGAGGCGCCCAUGGAAGGCUUCCAACUCUAAGGCUAAGGUUCACACGAGUCCAUCUGAUUGGGGAGGGGGCGUUUUCUCGAGGUCAUGCCUCGUUUCACUGUUGCCGUGAAGCGCACACGCGCGCACACACACCUUUCUGCCACUCGCUCUGGGGGUCUCUCCAUGGCAGGCGUGAUUAUUUGGAGACAUUUUAAUUUCCGUUCCUAUUUUUUCAGGAAAGAUGCCCCGCCCCCUCGAUGUCAGCCUGACAUCCUGACGGUGCAAUUGAACAAACGUACUUUCAAAGUAUCUUUUCCGUUUUGCAUUUUCCACCCACAAAUAACUUUAUUUCAUGGAAAGCACUUGUCAGAGAGGCUGAGGGAAGGGACUUUCUGAUCACCAACCGUGUGUUAUUUUUUUUUUCCCCCCCUGCUUUCUUUGAAUAUUUUUGUGUAUGGGCAAGCAGGAGAAAAUAUCAGAAGGCUUCAGGUGAAUUGAUGACGCGUGCCCAAAAAAGAAAAAAAAAAUCCGGGUUCCUAUGGGUGGUUUAGUUGGCGUUCAAUAUGUUCGACGCGUGCUGUGUUAUUAAUAGGAUUACAUUUGAAUUGUGAAGUGAGCUAACAUGGAAAAAUCCGGGCGUGGUGCCUGCAGCGAAACUGUAUAUUUAGAUGAGCGGAUAUUUACAGCAAGACGCAAAUUUCCACUUCUGCUUCCCAGCUGCAUGCAGUCGCGUGGUUUUGUGGCUGUCUGCACAUCCCGGGCCCGCAGCAGAAAUCGGUCAUGAUCAUGCCGUCAUGUGCUAUCUAGUGCUGGUGGAUGUGUAGCUUUGUGUCAUCAAGUGAGACGGAUUUGCAUGGUUCUAGCGUAGCCCCCCCCCCCCCCCCCCCCUCUCCCCCGGCCACGGGAUGUGUAUCAGACAGCACGCCGUUCAGAGUGUAGUCCCAUUGGGUAACUUUUUUUGUUUUUUUGCGUUGAUUAAUAAUGUACCCGUUUGCAUGCACACACACACUUGCAUACAACACCUGCAGACAUUGCACAUCACACAGAUGACUGGCUACUUGCAAGCUAAGAAGAAAAAAAAAAAAAAAGCUUCCAUUGUCUUGACGUUAAAUUUUUUUCCGUCAGCUAGUCAAUAGGAAAUUAAUUUUCAUUGCAUUGCCGGUGAUGAAUAUUAUGGUUCCCCUGGAAACUUUGAAUUAGACCUUUUGAAUUUAUUCUGGGUGGGAAUAUUUUUUGCAAUGCUGUGCCGUAACCUUUCAAAAACAAGACAUAUGAAAACUUUUUUUUGAAUUUAGCCACUGCUUGUAGCCACUGUGACUUUUGGAUGGUUGAAAAAGAGCCGCGUAAUUGCUGACGCGGGGGUCCGACGUGCGUCGGGAUCGUGUGAGGUUUUGACUGAGCGGCACUGUGUGAAGAAGAGCUUGCUCGACUCUGACUUAGUUCCCCUAUCAGAGUCCCGGAGCUUGUGUGUUCUGUGGACAGACAAGUACGACUCUCCAACGCUAGUGAUUGUCUUUAAAUUUACAAUAGCGCCACUCGAUCGCAGACUCCUCUCGAGAUGCUCUCCACAGAGCACUUGUGCUCUUUAAAAAAAAAAAAAAAAAAAAAAAGGGCACAUCAGUAAGCAUCGUCUUUAUUGUACAUCCUCUACAUGACCGAUGCGUGUAGCAGGAAUUAUUGAGUCUUCAUUUCUCAUGGCAAUUACUGCACCGUGUGCUAACUAUCACGAGGGGGAAUUAGAAAAAAAAAAAGCAGGAAGAUGUAUUUAUAUUCCGCAAAACUGCACUCCUAUUCACAAAAGUGCCAAUCCGACCAACAAAGACUGGAUAUUCUUGCGUCUUUGACUUCUAGAUUUUUUUCUUUUUAUAUAAUAUAUCUUUUAUUUACUUGAAUGUGCACACAUACUGUGCAAAAAAAAAAAAAAAACAUUGCUGCUCUAUUAUUUUCCUUACCUUUUUUUUGUUUGUUUAAAUUUAUUCUGCCAUUGUUUCAAAAAAAAAAAAAAAAAGUGGCUUUCCUUUCUGCGGGCGCCUGAUUAACAAGUGUCAGUCCACGUGCACUCUUUGGCUAAGCCCCCCCCUUCCUCUGCCCCCCCCCCCCCCCACUACCUUUUAUUAGUCUACUAAUGGAUGGGAUUCACUGUGCAUUUAUUCAAGCUGCAGAAUAUCAUUUCCACGUGGCUGUUUCUAGUGUCAAGUGUAGAAUUUCAGGUACUGACCUUUACGUUAACCAAAGUUCCCCCCCCCCCACACCCCCAAAUCAAAGGCUGUGGUGUUUCCAUUCAAAAUCCCUCUCUUGUUAUUAAUCAACAUUCACUGGCAAGGGAGUCGAUUAAGUGAACCCCAACCCGCGAGACUGCAAUAAAUGUCCCGAAAUCAGGCACUCUGAAGGCAACCAUUACUUCCUCUCAUACUUGAUAUAUAUAUUUUUUUUUCUACGCUGAGAAAAAUCUGACAUUGAGAUUUAAUGGUGAUUCAAUUCAAACAGGGGUGGGGAACCAAGGAAGAGCCAAAACAGAUGCUCAUAAUAGAUCAUUAAAAAAAAAAAAAAAUCCAUGGGUGCAUAUGAGAACCCAAAGGAUUUCACACGAGCCAAAAUGGUUCCCCACCCCCGUGUGAAAAGGUAUUAAUGAUAUGUAUGUUGUGAUACAUUGACAGGGAUUCACAUGCAAUUCUACUCACUUCUGAGAAGUGGACAAAUAGCCUCAUUUGGAGUAUGUGGGAGGGAAAAAAAAAAAAAAAAAAACAGGCGGCGGGAAGCCUUUUUCAACAUUUUCCUGAGCAAGAUAUUCUAAUACAUAUUUUUGGAUGUUGUGCUUGGAGUUUAACGUAAAAGAAAGAACUGCCCAGUAAUCGGGAAAUCAAGUUCCAGGUGGAAUCACGGGGAAUCCUAAAUCUGACGUUUUAUGUCUUCCGUCCUGGAAAGUGUUGCCAUCUGUAUCAAAAGUCUAACUGCAUGUAAUAUUGUACUAUGCUUCAAAUGUUUACAAUGUUUGUCUACAAAUUUUCACAUAUGUGACAUCACUGACCAGUUCUCAUCUUGUCUACUCUGGUCCUUCUCAUUUCUUUUCAAGUGUAUUUAUUUUCUCUAUUUCUUUAUUUUUAUUUUUUUUUUUGGUUUCCCUUUCAUUCGCUCCGUAAACGACCCAUCUUUGUAAACUGUGACUUGACUCGACUUAACCGACGGUAUGAAUGAGCGACGAAAAACACUUCAACUCAACAUGACACACGAACAUGAACAUGAAACAAAACAAAAUGGGAAAAUGUAAAGAAAAUAUGGUGUGAUCUGAAAAUAUUCAGUGAAUAUACUGCGCAAAAAAAAUAAAGAUGUUGAAAAAAGUUAA